CAGCGAGCAGACCGCGCGAGGAAGAAACACAUCACACCCUAAUCCAAAUACUUUACUCUCUCUCUCUCUCUCUCUCUGCUCCCUUUCUCCUCAUCACGCCGUCGCCGCCGCCGCCGCUCGCUCUCGCCGUCGCGGCAGGCGACCGCCGCAGACACAGCAGUGACUUUAGACAAUUGUUGGAACAUCGAGGAUUUGAUGAUGGUUCGUGCUGUGACAAUUGAUGAUUCUAUUGCGAGCAUGACAGGGUUCGGGGACGAGGAUCGCAGCGUGACUGGUGAUUCCCUUUCCGAGUGGCGCUCCUGCGAGCAGGUCGAUUAUGGUAGCCCUUCAACGUCCCCUCCCUUUUGGGACACUGAUGGUGAAGAUGAUGAUCCUGGGCCCAGACCUUCAGAUUUAUUUGGGCGAUAUACUUGGAGAAUUGAAAACUUUUCAAAGGAGAAGAGAGAAAUGAAAAGUGAACCAUUUGAAGCUGGUGGUUACAAGUGGUAUAUUCUAGUUUACCCUCAAGGAUGUGAUGUCUCCAAUCACUUGUCAUUGUUUCUUUGUGUUGCUAAUCACGACAAACUCCUCCCAGGAUGGAGCCAUUUUGCACAAUUCACUAUAGCCGUGGGCAACCUUGAUCCUAAGAAAGUUAAAUAUUCAGACACCUUGCACAGAUUCUGGAAGAAGGAACAUGAUUGGGGAUGGAAAAAGUUUAUGGAGUUGUCAAAAAUUCAAGAUGGUUUUCUUGUUGAUGAUGUUAUUGAAAUCAUAGCUCAAGUUCAAGUUGUCAGAGAGAAAGUGGACCGACCAUUUCGUUGCCUUGAUCGCCCUUAUCAACAAGAAUUGCUCCGUGUCUACAUGACAAACAUAGAGCAAAUUUCCCGACGUUUUGUUGAAGAAUGCAGAAGUAAAUUUAUCAGGCUCAUUGAGGACAAAAUGAGGUGGUCCAGUUUUCGUGCCUUCUGGCUUGCAAUUGAUCCAACCACAAGAUGUCGCAUGUCCAGAGAGAAGAGCGACACCAUAUUGAAAAUAGUGGUGAAGCAUUUUUUUGUCGAGAAAGAAGUCACCUCAACAUUAGUUAUGGACGCUCUGUAUAUGGGUUUGAAGGCACUUGAGCACCAUAACAAGGGCAAGAAAGGGAGAGUAAAAGUAACGGACUUGGAGGAGCUAUCAACCCCUAUGGUCCAUGUUGAUAUGGACAUGUUUGUUUUGGCUGGUGAUUUCAUGGCUUUGCUUGAGAGGGCAGCUUUAGAGCCCUUGUCUUGUCAACCUCUGUCACCAAAGGAUGACAAGUGUUCCCAGAGCCGUGCUAAGGAUGAUGGUUCUGGAGAAGUUAACAAAGUUUGUAUUGAGCGUGAAGAAAGGCGCCUAACUGAGCUUGGCCAGAAGAUCCUUGAAACAUUUGUGCUAUCUCAUAUAUUUAGUGGGAUUGAGGUUGCCUACCAAGAAGCUGUUGCUUUGAAGAGGCAAGAGGAGCUUAUUCGUGAAGAGGAGCUCCUUGAAAAUGAGAUGAAGGGGAAACGUGGCAGUGCCAUUGAGAAGGAUAAGCGCACAAAGAAAAAACAGGCCAAACAAAAGAAGAACAAUCGUAAGGUCAAGGACAAGGAAAGAGAGGAGAAAUCCGAUUCAAAUUUUCCAGAAAGGGGUCGAGAUGGAAGCACAAAUCAUGAUAAGGAGGACUCUAAGCAGGCAGGACAAUUGGCUAUGAAAGUCGAUAACUCCGAAGAAGGUGCUUCAGAUGUGUCAGACAAUUUAGAUGGAUCAAUUGAGACAUUGAAGAAGGAUUCUACUGUGGAUAUUGAGACGUUGAUAUCAUCUGUGUCUGCUACUGUGAGCAGUAUACGAGGCAAAAUAAAUAACCUGCUAGACAGUACAAGUCAUAUAUCGCCUAAUAGAGGGAAAACUUGGCGCAACAGGUUUAUUAUCAGUAUGAACACUGCCCUAGAUGAAGAUGAUCUUCCUUCAAGCAGUUCUAGCUGUUCAGACCGCAAUACGUCUGGUUGUGGGCCAGCUCCAAGGUUUGAUCAGGAUACUGCUCUACUCACCUUAAAAGAUAGGCUUCGCAAGCUUGGGCAACGACUACAUGAGAAGGAAAUUGAGGGCAGGGAAUUACUCAAGGCCCAUUUGGAAAAGAAGGCUGCUGCUGAGGCAGCAGCUGGUUCAUCCUCGGAGUCUUCAUCUGAUUCCUUGGAAAAGACUCAGGUUCUGAAGAACCCAGAGCAAUCAUCAGUAUCUGAUGCAAAUAUUAGUGCACCACCCCCAAAGGCUGUACCUGUAGCCACAAGUGAUGCCAGUAAUGGAGCUGUUCCAGCAACAGCAACAUCCACCAUAAGCACCAAAUCUGUGCCUAUUGCUACACCCACUCCAAUUAAACUCGAGCCAGUUUUGUGCAAAGAACACGUAUCAUGUUCAAGCCAGCAAAUUGAUAGAGUUACUCAGAUGCCCUCGAGAUCGCCGCUAGUUGAUAAGGCUAUUCCAACCCCCCCAAAAUCACCUUUGCCACAGGUUGAUACAGUUACUAAAGCUACUCCAGCUCCCCCAAAAUCUUCUACAUCACAGCUUGUUAAAGUUGCUAAAGCCAUCCCAGCUCCCCAAAAAUCACCUGCACCCGAGGUUGAUAAAGUUGCUCAUAACUCAGUAUCACGACAAAUUCCUUCCACAUCUAUCUCAAAAGCUCUAGAAGAUACCGUUCCUGAUAGGGUUGCAGUCACAUCUAUACCCCAAACUCCUACGCCAACAUCAAGGCCUUCGAGUGCUCCUCUGUUCCAGGCACCAAGAUCAACUGUACCACCUACACCUGCAGUUCAAGUUUCUCCAUUGCUUUCACACUCGAUGACUGUGUCUGGACGAUUGAGCGAUGAAUCUUCACCUUCCACCCCAAGUUAUGUAACACAGGCCUACCGAAAUGCUAUCCUUGGUAGGGGUAGUCUGAAUACGACCUCAGCAAGUAUUGCACAAUCAACUUCUAUGGGCCAAAAUAUCUCAGUUUUACAACCACUGUCAGCAUACGCAUCAGCAACAUCUGUCAUGGUGCCUCCUGUUGAAAGGAGUGACCAAUUACCAGGUAAGCAAGGCUGCAUGUUCGGGCUUAGCAAGUCAGAAGCUCUUGAUAACUGGUACCCAUGGAAAGGUAAUGGUGAUGUUAACAGACACAUGUGGAGAGAUGACACUCCUAACCAGCAAAUGACCAAUUGUGAUGCGCGUGUCCACCCCUGGAAAGAUAAUUCUUAUCAGCAAGCGAGCAGCAGUGGAACAGAACAAGGCAGAUUUGGUGGACUGGAAUAUAGUCUGUUCCAGAGGGAGAUACCUACAAGUUCUGUUUCACACCAGCAGCAGGGGCCAGUGGGUGAAGAAUUCCCUCACCUUGAUAUCAUCAAUGACUUGCUUGAUGAAAAAGCCAGUGGGAGUAUGGCAGUCUCUCCCCUCCAUGAAUAUCGUACAUUUGGCUUGCCAAUUUCUUCAAGAGGCAAUAUGGUAGACUCUGAAAUGUCUUCUGUAAGUAAUUCUGGCCGGUUUAACUUGACUAAUCAGUACUAUGAUGAGGGUUACCGGGGGGCCUACGACACACAGAAUGCUCUGCAUAGGUUGAGAGAUGGGCAACUUUCCACAUUGGAUGUUUAUUCCAAUCGAAGGUUGGGCUCAACUGCACCAAAACCUUGGCUAUAUAGCCAUCCAAAUCCAGCAGUGAACAUUGGAAUUAAUUCGAAUGUAUUUUCACAACAGAUGGGGGACUAUAUUAAUUUAGCAAGUGGGAGGGUGAAUGAGGAAUAUCCCGAAUAUCUGUAUCGCCAUCCCAAUGGGCAGUAGUGAUGACUGUAUACCAUCCGUAAUAAUGCUUGUUGUAACAGACCAUGGUGCCAAGUGUAAGGUUCGCCAUGGCCUGAAAUUUGAAUUUUAAAGUUCAAAAUGGGAAAGAAAGGAUACAUCAUGUAAAGUGUUAGCUGCAUUCAGUC